GGAGAUAAAAACACAUUUGUAUGAAAGUUUAUCUAACAUUAACAAGCUUGAUAACUCCAUUGAGAGAUUCACUUGAAACUUUCUCGCAAGUCAUUUGUUGAUGAGAUUCAUCUCAUGUGCCUACUUCUAACUCCAGGUAGGCAUGCAUUUAACAAGGGAACUGUUGAUAACAUGGAGAAUGUGUUUCAUGAACCGAUUUCGAUUGGGAUAAAUUAUAAAGUUCUUCUAGGGUAGAGGAUUUGGGUCUUUGAGGACACGCCAAUUCCUUUGAGAUAACAUUUUAAAUAUUUUGAAGUUAAAACAGAGUUAUUGAGCAUUUCAGUGUUUCAACUGCUCCGAGAAUUUCAGUGUUUCAACUGCUCCGAGAAUUUCAGUGUUUCAAAUGCUCCGACAUGACAUAGCACUUUACCCAACAGCUAUACAAAGACAUGUCUCAUGACAUAGUACUUUACCCAACAGCUAUACAAAGACAUGUCACAUGACAUAGCACUUUGACCAACAGCUAUACAAAGACAUGUCACAUGACAUAGCACUUGACCCAACAGCUAUACAAAGACAUGUCACAUGACAUAGCACUUGACCCAACAUCUAUACAAAAACUUGUAUCAUGACAUAACACUUUGCCCAACAGCUACACAAAGACAUGUCACAUGACAGAGCACUUGACCCAACAGCUAUACAAACAAUGUCAGAUAGCAAUUAACACUUUUGAGAAAAAAACUUAAUGCUGAGAGACGUCACAUUGCUUUUCAAAAUGUCAGGAAUAAAAUAGUUGCCUGAUAAAACGAUUGUCCUCAUGCUAGAAGUUAGCCUAACAUUUUAACAUGGAGAGGCCUCAUAUAAGAAGUUAGCCUAACAUUUUAACAUGGAGAGGCCUCAUAUAAGAAGUUAGCCUAACAUUUUAACGUGGAGAGGCCUCAUAUAAGAAGUUAGCCUAACAUUUUAACGUGGAGAGGCCUCAUAUAAGAAGUUAGCCUAACAUUUUAACGUGGAGAGGCCUCAUAUAAGAAGUUAGCCUAACAUUUUAACGUGGAGAGGCCUCAUAUAAGAAGUUAGCCUAACAUUUUAACGUGGAGAGGCCUCAUAUAAGAAGUUAGCCUAACAUUUUAACGUGGAGAGGCCUCAUAUAAGAAGUUAGCCUAACAUUUUAACGUGGAGAGGCCUCAUAUAAGAAGUUAGCCUAACAUUUUAACGUGGAGAGGCCUCAUAUAAGAAGUUAGCCUAACAUUUUAACGUGGAGAGGCCUCAUAUAAGAAGUUAGCCUAACAUUUUAACGUGGAGAGGCCUCAUAUAAGAAGUUAGCCUAACAUUUGAACGUGGAGAGGCCUCAUAUAAGAAGUUAGCCUAACAUUUUAACGUGGAGAGGCCUCAUAUAAGAAGUUAGCCUAACAUUUUAACGUGGAGAGGCCUCAUAUAAGAAGUUAGCAUAACAUUUUAACGUGGAGAGGCCUCAUAUUAGAAGUUAGCCUAACAUUUUAACGUGGAGAGGCCUCAUAUAAGAAGUUAGCCUAACAUUUUAACGUGGAGAGGCCUCAUAUAAGAAGUUAGCCUAACAUUUUAAGGUGGAGAGGCCUCAUAUAAGAAGUUAGCCUAACAUUUUAACGUGGAGAGGCCUCAUAUAAGAAGUUAGAAUAAUAUUUUAACGCAAAGAGGCCUCCUAUAAGAAUCUAGCAUAACAUUUUAACGUGUAGAGUUUCAUAAGUCAAACUCAUUUUUUUCUUUAGUGCUAACAGCCAGAUAUCCAAUGUCCCAAAACUUUCUCCAUGUCAACAGCCAGAUAUCCCAUGUCCCAAAACUUUUUCCAUGUCAACAGCCAGAUAUCCCAAGUCCCAAAACUUUCUCCAUGUCAACAACCAGAUAUCUCAUAACUUUCUCCAUGUCAACAGCCAGAUAUCCCAAGUCCCAAAACUUUCUCCAUGUCAACAGCCAGAUAUCCCAUGUCCCCAAACUUUCUCCAUGUCAACAGCCAGAUAUCCCAUGUCCCAAAACUUUCUCCAUGUCAACAGCCAGAUAUCCCAUGUCCCAAAACUUUCUCCAUGUCAACAGCCAGAUAUCCCAUGUCCCAAAACUUUCUCCAUGUCAACAGCCAGAUAUCCCAUGUCCCCAAACUUUCUCCAUGUCAACAGCCAGAUAUCCCAUGUCCCCAAAUUUUCUCCAUGUCAACAGCCAGAUAUCCCAUGUCCCCAAAAUUUCUCCAUGUCAACAGCCAAAUAUCCCAUGUCCCCAAACUUUCUCCAUGCCAACAGCCAGAUAUCCCAUGUUCCCACAAACUUUCUCCAUGCCAACAGCCAGAUAUCACGUCUCAAAAUUCACUAUUCUGAAACACUUAUAAUUACGUAUAUAAUUCACAGAUUUAUAUAUAUAUAUAUAUAUAUAUAUAUAUAUAUAUAUAUAUAUAUAUAUAUAUAUAUAUAUAUAUAUAUAUGUGUGUGUGUGUGUGUGUGUUUUACAUCAUAAUAAUAUUUUUUCUUUUUAAAUACAAAGCUUUGGGCAUUAAUUGCACACUAUUUUCUUGAUUGGAUUUUUUAAAAGAUCUGGUUCUGUUUGAGACAACUGUGAGAUCAUGCAGUCAUUUCUUUUAAAGACAUCUGGCCCAGUGUUGUAUCUGGUGGUGCUCCAUAUUUACACAGCCCAGGCGCAGAAACCUUGUUGUUGGUUCAGACAGUGGGAAGGAUACAUUCAUAACGUAAGUCUCUGGCAGUGCAAAGGCGAGGCUGGUGUUGGUGCUGACCGGGGCCCACCCGCCCCCUGCCUCCGCUAGUGUGUCAGUGCUACUACGGGAGUGAUUAAAAAAAAAAAAAGGAGUCUUUGUCACACACUUUACAACUCCACUAAGUCAAUAAUGGUUUGACUUCUGACUGGAUGCUAAUGUUUUUACAGGAUCAAAUGAACAACUCAGUCUAAACUCAGGGUGAUACCAAGUGUGUCUAAGUUACAUGGGUGUUCCCAAGUGUGUAUGUGCUGUUAAAACCAAGUGUGUCUAUGUUGAGGGAUACAAAGUCAGGUGUGUCUGUUUUGGUGGAUAACAGGUGUGUCUGUGUUAAGGUAUACCAAAUGUGUCUCUGUUUAUGGAUACCAAGACUGCCUGCGUUAGGGGGACACCAUCUGUCAGUGUUACCAUUAAAAUUUGUUUUAAUAAGAUCGACAGCUGCUAUUAAAUUAUAUUUUUUUUAUAAAAAUCAAAGCACUUCUUAUUUUAAUACAGUUUGUUAUCAGCACUUGAUCUAUUUUUUUUAUCAGUAUCACCGACCUAACUAGGGAUUUGGAGCUGAGCUUUUUAUUUAUUAUUAAUUUUUGUUAGCUCCAGCUCUGCGCUCCAGCAAAUUCAAACAAUAGUUUUAUAUCGAAUAUAAUCUUGCACCGAUAAUCGGGAUUACAUCUAAUCCGUUUACCGAUUUAUAGGCAAUCUGUCCUUUAUGACUAAAUUAGUCAGAUUAGUCUUUUUUUCUUUUUACUGCAAGCUUAAAUUAUCACCCAAAUUAUUCUUCAGUUAAAUCGCUGCAGUUAUUUAAAUAUAAUGCAUUUUAAGCAUCAAGCUUGUUCUUUUUAUCUGGGAAAGUGGGUAGGGGUGGGUAAGGUGGGGCUAAGUCUUUACAGAGAUGUGUUUAUUAUUGUUACUUAGCCAUCUUAUCAGCUAGGCAUUAGAAAUGUGGGACAACAUGGCUGGUUGAAGAGUGGGGGCAACUUUGCUGGUAGAAGAGUGGGGCAACAUGGCUGGCACUGGUAAAAGAGUGGAGCAACUUUGCUGGUAGAAGAGUGGGGCAUCAGUUUUAAUAAAUUUACUUACAAUUUUUGGAGCUCGAAAAAGUAAGAAAUUUUAACACGUCCAGACAUAAGAUCCAGCUGCCUGAGCUCCGGGCUAGAGCUCUGCUCAAAAUUCGUGUAACAAACUGUUAUAACCCAAACUUGUUCAUUGAUAUAUUUAGCAGAAUACACCCCAUGUAUUAUGUCAUACCAAGCGGCAAUAAUCUAUUGUUGGCAGAGUGAGUACCGGUCCCUGUUUUAUACAUUAGACCAGGGGUCGAGAACCUAUGGAUAGCGAGCCAGAUGUGGCUCUAUUUGUGGCUGCAUCUGGCUUGCAGACAAAUGUUUGAUUAUAAAAAUUGUCGCAUUAAUGGUAAGAAAUACUCAUUAUUGAUUAGCAACAGCAUGACAAUGUUAUUAAAAAGAAUUCAGAGACAUAAUUAUUGCAUUUUUAGUGUUGACAUUACACAAAAUGCACACAUUUACUUGAAUUUUUAGUUUUAAACAUAAUGUAUGGCUCUCACAGAAUUACUUUUCAAAAUAUGUGGUGUCCAUGGCUCUCACAGAAUUACUUUUCAAAAUAUGUGGUGUCCAUGGCUCUCACAGAAUUACUUUUCAAAAUAUGUGGUGUCCAUGGCUCUCACAGAAUUACUUUUCAAAAUAUGUGGUGUCCAUGGCUCUCACAGAAUUACUUUUCAAAAUAUGUGGUGUCCAUGGCUCUCACAGAAUUACUUUUCAAAAUAUGUGGUGUCCAUGGCUCUCACAGAAUUACUUUUCAAAAUAUGUGGUGUCCAUGGCUCUCUCAGACAAAAAGUUUCCCGACCCUUGCAUUAGACUGUAUAUUCAUUAGUCGUUAGAAACAUAAAGAUUUUUUUCUUUUUGUUGGAAAACAGGAGCAACAAUGAUCACUUUGUAAAUAUCAACAUCUGGUUAUUGGUUUCAAAACCGAAUGCCGGAAACCAGAUUAUCGUGAAACAUCCUUAGACAUAAAUUGCGCUCCCCCCGCCCCACUACUUUCAGAUCUACGGUGUCUAUGACAGUGUCAGUAACUACGCCUCUACCUCAGAUAUCCAGUCCUACGUUCACGUGGACUAUGGCCUGAUGAAAGUGGUCAAUGAGUUAAUGGUGGUCAACGCAAGUGUUUUGACAACAGUCACAGUUAUCGGCGACUACAAAAAGGUAUUAGGUUUUAUUAAUCUCAAAAACCCAUAACAUAGAGAGGAAUCAAUAAUGAUUAUUGGCUAAGUCAGUGGGCGUGGAGUGACAUUGUCCCAUGUUUUGAAAGGAAAUCAAUAGAUCAUAUAAAACUUUUAAAUUUAAGCCUAAGCAACAAAAAUGAUCCUUAAUUUUAUCCUUGAAAUUAAUUUUAAGAAAAAUAAUUCAUAAGGGAAAUAAAUUAUAAUAACUUAAUUAUACUAACUUGAAAUUUAAGUUUAAACUGACCUAAAUAUCUAUGUCUGUUAACCCGAAAGCUCUGAAAACUUCAAUGUAAUGGUUUGGCACGUGAGGAAAGCGAAACAACUUAAAGCAACUUGACUCUAAAGGGAAAGAACUCUAGAAAAUAAUGAAAAACAACCUUCUCAAAAUAAGUAUUUAAUAAGGGAAGACAACCCUUGAGGCAAAGUUAUCUCUGGAGGAGAAUGUGUCUUUUAAUAUAAUUAUUUUAUUUCUUAUAGACGUGAACUAAACAUGAGGAAUUAAUUAGAUAUUUUUAAUAGCAAGUAACAUAUAACAUGCAAAUGUGCUGUACUAUUUGACUUCAAAAGUUUGACAGCUUGUUAUUUAGCCAAUCAUAGGACAGCUUGUUAUUUAGCCAAUCAUAGGACAGCUUGUAAUUUAGCCAAUCAUAGGACAGCUUGUUAUUUAGCCAAUCAUAGGACAGCUUGUAAUUGGCCAAUCAUAGAACAGCUUGCUAUUAGCAGAUCAUUGUACCUUUUGUUUCAACUUAUUUAUAUCGUUUUCAAGAGCCUUUGCCGCGGCACACCAAGCAUCUACUCGUGGAACACCAGUGGGCUGCGGCACACCGGUUGAGGUGCUCUGCCUAACACCAUGACGACUCUCCCUAACAUGUACCCAAAAAGUUACUUUCGAUUUGCUGUUUAAAUGUUGAUAUUUUACAUUAAAAUAAUUUGCGUCUAUUCAAAUUUGAUUCCAGAAAAUCUCUUACACUAUUGUGGGCAGGGAAUGUUUCCAGUCACCGCUGACAGACGCACUGGAUGAAAGCUGUGUGCCAGGUAGGAUGUUGGUUUAAAUGCUUUCUUUAUUUAAAUGCAUUUUAGCAUUGUAUGUUCCUACAACAUAUAAACCUUUGAUUGAUUAUGUUUAAUGAUUUCUUAAUCAAAUUGAAUACUGGGAUAACGAAUUAGUCAGUAGUGCUACAUUCUUGGACUUUAAUAUUUUAUUGGCAGACAAGAUGGACAUAACAUGAGAAUAGUGUUCCCUCUAAGAUAUUUAAAGAACUUAACUUUCCCCGCCUAGUUGCAGCCAAACAAAUAUUAAUCUCACAAUGAAAUAUACAUGGGGAAUAAAGGCACUCUUAAAAACAAAUGUUUGAUCUUUUGAAAUUGUUUACUUUGUUCUGAAUGAAGCCCUUGUUAAAAAUUGUGUUAAUUUGGCACGCUUCCUAUUCAUUCCCACAAGAGGACGCCAUACUGAUAGGAACUCACAGCUUCUUGGGGGUGAAGGCAAACACAUUUAUCCUCCCCUUCCACAACGCCACCAGGACUACAACUUCUAGGAUCACUGUUUCAAGUGACAACUGCCUGCCUCUACACGAGCUACUCUUGACCAUAGACAAAAGUAAGCCUUGGAUUUUUCCUUUUUGUCAUUUAACAUUCUAUCUAUUGAGUCUAUUUAAUUGAUGCAAAAAUUGAAUUUAGGCUGUUGUAGAUGUAGCCAUUGAUUGUAUAUGAAAUGUAACUGCCACGAUGUAGGUUACACAUAGGACAACUGUCACUGAUUGUAGGUUACACAUAGGACAACUGUCACUGAUUGUAGGCUAUACAUAGGAUAAUUGCCAAGGACUGUAUCUAACAUACAGUUGCCAAUGAUUGUAUAAGUGAUAAAAUUUCCAAUGAUUGUUGUUGCGCUGAUAUAGUUACCAAUGAUUGAUCCUAUCAUAUAUUUGCUAAUAAUUGUAUCUGUAGUGUAAUUGCUAAAAGUUACUGAUGUUAACCAGUACCGGUAAAAGUUAAGUCACAGUAAUUUCAGCAUCAAAGUAUUUUACAAUAAGUUGCUAUGAUUAAUUUUAUUUGUCUUCAUUUCAAUGGUUCAUGACAAAUUAUACAAUUUAAAUAUUAAGGGAUGUUACAGGUAUAGAGCAGCAGAGCUUUACUUUUAAUACAAUAAUUAUUAUGUUGCAGAUUUACUUAUGAUAACAUGCUAAAAUAUGAUUGUCAGUUCCAGUACUGGCUAUAUUUCAAAUGUCUCUUUUCACUCAUGUUUACACAAAACUUAAUGUCUCAUUAUUUCAGCCUCUUCAUUCAGCACUAUCACCAUGCAGAAUGUCACAGCAGGAAUUGUUGAUCCAAGUAUAUUCAACGUACCUGACUUCUGUAACCAGAAGCCUAAAGUCACACAGGUAAGUAAGGGCGUCCAUUAAUUACCUCACAUGUAUGUAUCAAUUAUGUCUUUGAUAUCAAAUAUAUGCACGUCCAUGAUGUCAAGAUGUUUCUAUUUGGUUUUAAACUAAAGUUUUGUAUUUAAUAUAGACCAAAUGUUAUUGUAAGUAUAAGUUCCAUUCACCUUUACCACUCUUCACCACAUGUAGGACAACUUAGACCAUUUCUUUAUACCAUUACGUUGUGUUCAGUCAGUAUCAUUAAUAGUUAUCAUUAACUUAUUUGUUCUUAGGUUCUACACAUGAACACAGUUGGCUGGCAUACUAUUAUCAAACAUAAAAUUCUCUGAGAAUUAACCUAUUGUAUUUGAUACUUGAGUCCUAAAUAGUACACUUUGUUGGCAUACUUUUAUCAAACAUAAAAUUCUCUGAGAAAGAAACAAAUAAACCCUUUAUUUUAACAUUAAAACUUUCAGUAUCAUAGCACCUAUUGAGAAAUUACCUUCAUUUUCUUUAUUGCAAAGGGUAAUAACUCCCUUUUUACCAUAAGUUUUCUAAAUUGAAACAUUAAUAAAUUAAUCUUUCAACGACUCAUUAAAAAUUAACGAUAAGAUAAAAAUUCAAUUUAAAAAAGUCAAUAUUUCGACCAGUGACACCUGAAAUUCUUCAAUGUGAAUUGGAGGUAACUGUUCAGAUCUAUCAACAUCGUCAUCAUCUUCUCACCCACCAGGGACAUCAAAAUGUUGAACUAAUUCAAUAAAAUCCCUUUUAUUUCCAUGAUCUAUCUCUGCAUUAAAUUCAUCACUGUCGAAACCAAACCCAAACAAAACACUUCUUGUUUAUCAAUAAGCUCUUUGUAACUCCUAAAAAAUAAGAGUUACCUUCACUAUGCAACGUUGAAAAACUGGGUGCUGUUUACGACGUAAGGGCAAGACGGCCGUAACUGGGAUGAAAGGGUCAAUUGACAAUUUUUUAGUUCUAUGUAUUAUGACGUUACUA